GUACAACCCGGAGUGUGCCCUCUCCCAGGUACAGCCACUGGAGCCCUGGGGCAAUACUGUUUACGGCUACGCCACGAGCGAAGAUGCAGAAGCCUAUGAGUUGCAGGAUGGGGAGUUCAGCUCUGGGAUCUUCAUGAAAUAUCUGAAGAAACAUAUUCUGCAGGAGAAGAAGGUUACACACAUGCUGGAGGAUGUGUUGGAAGACAUUGGCCGGGAUCCCUUAGUCACUGGGAAGCAGGUGAUGGAGAUCAAACACACUCUGAAGGAAGCCCGGUCCCUGACAGACCCAAUCUGCCCCUCAGGAGCAUCUGCCGAGCACUGGAGACGUGGCCAUGAGCCGAUGAGAGAAAUGGUGACCUUCCGCUGCGGGGCACGGGUGGAACUCCGCUUCCACCAGCUCUUCUCCAACGUGAUGUACGUGUGUGCCAAGCUGCAGAGACCCCCAGCCCACAUUGCUGAUGCCCGUCUCCUGCUCUGCUGGCCCACUGAGAUGGACGAUGUGGCUAUGCUGAAAGAAAGCCACCUGGACCAAGUGGAGUCUCUGCUCAGCUCUGUGUACAAGCGAGAGGAGCUGGACUGCGUCUUCCAGCUCUGUGGACUACAGAAAAUUCAGACAGACGUGGUCCUGCAGUUGGAUUUGCAUUACACCCGGCUGAGCACAAAGCAGAGGACUUGUGAAAGACUGCAAACAACCCUCCAGAAAUCUCUGCUAGGGCAGUUUUUCAUCCAGAGGAAUUACUCCCAGCCAAACUACCAGAGAACUGCCUGUGCAAGCAGUGUGUGCCUCCAGGAUGCAUUGGCGCUGAGCACGGACCCAAAGAGGCAAGCAUCUCUGAGGACAGGCUCUGGCCACAGCUUGCCCAGCAGCAACCCUUCCAACUUCAGCAGCGAGCCAGAGGAGAACGAUGAGAGCGACCUGAGCGAGCUCUGCUCAGCACUGCUCCAGGCUGGCCGAGAGCAAGACUACCCCUGA